CCGCCCGCCGCGUCCCAGCGCCCGGUCGCGCCGCCCGCGCAGCCCCGAAGCGGCCGGGCCGGGCCUGCCCGCCUCGGCCCUCUGCUCGUCCCCCGCGGCCCGCACCGGCCUUCACUCUGGAGCGGCCCCGGCAGCCGCAGCAGGGGCGGCGGCGGCGGAUCGAGGAGCUCUCCAGGUCGUCCCGGGAGAAGCUGCUGCAGUCCCGGGACAGGAUGUUCUCCAAGUUCACCUCCAUCCUGCAGCACGCCGUGGAGGCGCUCGCACCUUCUCUUCCUUUACAAGAAGAUUUUGUUUAUCACUGGAAGGCAAUUACCCAUUAUUACAUAGAGACUUCAGAUGAUAAGGCCCCAGUGACAGAUACAAACAUUCCAUCUCAUCUGGAUCAGAUGUUAGAUAUAUUGGUACAAGAAGAAAAUGAACGAGAAUCUGGAGAGACGGGGCCAUGUAUGGAAUAUUUGCUUCAUCACAAGAUCUUGGAAACGUUAUAUACCUUAGGGAAAGCUGACUGUCCUCCCGGAAUGAAACAGCAGGUGUUGGUAUUCUAUACCAAACUUCUGGGAAGAAUCCGGCAGCCGCUACUUCCACAUAUUAAUGUGCACAGGCCAGUGCAGAAGUUAAUUCGACUGUGUGGUGAAGUCCUUGCAACACCAACAGAAAAUGAGGAAAUUCAGUUUCUCUGUAUCGUGUGUGCAAAGCUGAAGCAAGAUCCCUACUUGGUUAAUUUUUUUCUGGAGAAUAAGUUGAAAUCGUUGGCUUCCAAAGGAGCACCAAAUGUAAUUUCAGAAGACACGUUGAAAGGUCAAGAUUCCUUGUCCACAGAUACAGGACAGUCCUGUCAGCCAGAGGAACUGUCAGGUGCUGCUGGGAUGGAGCAGACAGAGUUAGCAGAUGAUGAUCUGUCCUCCAGCUUGGAUAAUCUCACUGUCACUUCACUGCCAGAGGCCGCAGUCGUUCGUCCAAACCAGGAUUACAACCUAGUGAAUUCUUUGUUAAAUCUUACUAGAAGUCCUGAUGGCCGGAUAGCUGUGAAAGCCUGUGAGGGCUUGAUGUUAUUAGUAAGCUUGCCGGAGCCUGCGGCUGCCAAGUGCCUCACACAGAGCACUUGCUUGUGCGAACUGCUGACGGACAGACUUGCCUCCCUGUACAAGGCCCUACCUCAGUCCGUGGAUCCCUUAGACAUUGAAACCGUGGAAGCUGUUAACUGGGGCUUGGACUCAUAUAGUCAUAAAGAAGAUGCUUCAGCAUUUCCAGGAAAACGAGCCUUAAUUUCAUUUCUUUCCUGGUUUGAUUAUUGUGAUCAACUCAUAAAGGAAGCACAAAAGACUGCUGCUGUUGCUCUUGCCAAAGCUGUUCACGAAAGAUUUUUUAUUGGUGUUAUGGAACCUCAGUUAAUGCAAACUUCUGAGUUGGGGAUCCUGACGUCGACUGCUCUGCUUCAUCGCGUGGUUCGGCAAGUCACCUCUGAUGUUUUGCUUCAAGAAAUGGUGUUUUUCAUCCUUGGAGAACAGAGGGAACCAGAAACUCUGGCAGAAAUUAGCAGACACCCUUUAAGGCACAGGUUAAUUGAACAUUGUGAUCACAUAUCUGAUGAGAUAAGCAUAAUGACAUUAAGGAUGUUUGAACAUCUUUUACAAAAACCCAACGAGCACAUUCUUUACAACUUGGUCCUAAGAAAUCUUGAAGAAAGAAAUUAUACAGAAUAUAAACCUGUGUGCCCAGAAGAUAAAGAUGUGGUGGAGAAUGGACUCAUAGCAGGAGCAGUAGAUCUGGAAGAAGAUCCAUUAUUUACUGACAUUUCACCAGAUAACACUUUGUCAAACCAAGAGUGGCUUGGUUCCUCACCUCCUGCUACUCCAGACCACCCCAAAAAUGAUGGGAAAACGGAAGUCCAUAAAAUUGUAAAUACUUUCCUCUGUCUGGUACCGGAUGAGGCAAAAUCAUCCUACCAUGUUGAGGGCACUGGAUAUGACACCUACCUCCGAGAUGCUCAUAGGCAGUUCCGGGACUACUGUGCUAUCUGCUUAAGAUGGGAGUGGCCUGGGUCUCCAAAAGCAUUGGAAAAGUGCAAUUUAGAAGCAGCUUUCUUUGAAGGUCAUUUUUUGAAAGUUUUGUUUGACAGAAUGGGAAGAAUUCUUGAUCAGCCGUAUGAUGUAAAUUUACAGGUAACCUCAGUGUUAUCUAGACUUUCUCUCUUCCCUCAUCCGCACGUACAUGAGUACCUUUUGGAUCCUUACGUGAACCUUGCUUCUGGCUGUAGAUCUCUCUUCUCUGUCAUCGUCAGGGUUGUUGGAGACCUUAUGGUUCGAAUCCAGCGUAUUCAGGACUUUACUCCCAAGCUUCUUUUAGUCAGGAAGCGAUUACUUGGUUUGGAACCUGAAGGCCCUAUUAUUGACCACAUCACAUUGCUAGAGGGUGUGAUCGUUCUAGAAGAGUUCUGUAAGGAGCUGGCCGCAAUUGCAUUUGUGAAAUACCACGCUUCCUCCACACCGUAAAUAGCAUCUUUCAAGUAACUAAGGAAACAGAACUAUUGUGUACAUUUCAUCAAAAAAGGCUCAGUUCACCUAGCCAAGAGAAGAGGAAAAGCCUUUUCAAAUGAAGCAUUGCUGUAAACUGGACAGAACCAUCGAGAACCCAUUGAGUGGACACUUAGUAAAAUGUUGUAUAAUGUUGUUUUCAUUGGCUUUAUUAUAAUGGUUCUAAAUAUAAAAUUGCACGUCCUUGGAUCCAGGAUACAAUCAAAGGAACUUCAGGAAAUAAGCAUUUCUAAUGCGUGUGUGAAAAGCUGCAAAAUUUCUGAUGUCAUGACUUUGAUAUUUCUGUUAUUUUAAUACCCUUCUAGGUAGCAAGGCAUUUUGACAUUCUCUGGGACUCAAAUGCUUAUAUUCUUUUGGAUUAAUAAGUAGCAAAAAAACCUAAUUUUAUAACUUUUUAAGAGUAGAAUUCUUAUUGAACAAAAUAUGAAAAAAACUGUAAAUGAGAAAAAACUAUAAUUCAGGAACCAUCAAAUGAGUUGAGAUAAUAAUAGGAGAUAAAAAUGUGUAGAGCACCAUUAACUUUCUUCAGCUUUUCUAAGAACAACAAUUUAAUAUGAUAAAGAAAUUCUUGAUUAAUAUAAUAUAUAUAUAUUUUUAGAGAAAAGUUCUUUUACUCUUUUGUGCACAUAGCCAUGUUAGUGAUUGAUUUUCAUGUAUGAGUCCCAGUUUAUUUAAACUGUGUCAUUUUUGCAAUAUUGAAUUUGUGCUCAUCAUUGGUAGUGCUUGCUAAAAUAGUAUUUUUUAAGCUAAUUAACAUGUAUUGCGUUGAGAACCUUUUUUUUCUCUCUCUCUCUCUCCCUCUCUGAAAAUUGCUUUAUAAUUUGAUUUUCUUACUGAAAUGUGUGGUAGUGUCUAGGUGGCAAAUUGACUGAUAACUCUUAGGCAGCAAUCAAAAUGCCAAUGGCCCCCUUAAUGUUUACAUUUUGUUUUUCAUUUUGUUCAGUCUUUUGUUUUCAGUGAUUCUAAAGAGAUUUAAAAAACAAACAAAUGAACCAGUCUGUCCUGUUUACAUGUUAAAGCAUUUGGGUAAGUUGGGGAUCUGUGCGGUAGGGUAUGUGUGCAGGAACGUGUGGAGGUCGUUCCGCGGAGCUGCGCUGUGCACAGCUUGCUUGUACUGGAUUUACGAAUGGCGUUUGCUAAUCCACUUUCUGUUCUUCCUUUCAGUGAUGCUUGUCACUCAAAUAUUGCUUUUAAGCUAUCUUCUCUCUCUUUUCUUUUUAGUUGAAAUAUUAAGCAGCAGCACUUUGCUACUUUCUUCUUCAUCUUUUCCUUUACCGUCUUUGGGGGAGCAGAUUAUCAAACUUUCCAGCUGGAAAGGAGCUGUCACUGCCCCUUCGAAGAAGUCAUUCAUGUAGCAUGUUGGCGUAUACACGGCGUGUGGCGGGCGCAGAGAAGCACGUUUUACACCUACUGCUAAUUUUGUCGUGUUAGUUUCUCUGAUUUAUUUUAUAGUUAGUUUUUGCUAUUUAUUAAGGACAAAAUAUCAAAAGAUUAUGAAUAUUCUCGGCUCUAGAAUGCUUACCACUGUUAAAACAACAACAAAAAGGCUAAAUUUCUAAUUUAAUGCAAAUCCUUUGUUAGAUCAUUCUAAGAAAUUUCUUAAGCAAAACGAUGAAAAAGCAAAAAUGGGAGAUACUUGGUGCAUGAUUUUCUUUAAGUGAUUUUUAAUGAUGGGAAAGCAUUGUUCAGUUUGCUGUAUUUAUUGCAAGGAACACUGCAACAUCUCCAUUUUUAGAUGUAGUUGUAGUCUACUUUGAUGUAGAUGUAUUUAAAAUAAGGCAUUAAGAGGUAUUAGAUAUCUCUUAAUGUUGUCGUAGUGUUCAAUAGAUGUAAUAGCAAUGAUGUUACCUCUCAAACCAAAUACUAUUUUAUCCUUGAUUUCACAGUGGGACCUUAUAGCUAAUCCAUGAAACCAAGCUCAGAAAAGCUUUAACUCGUAUAUAUUUGUGUGCAUAUGCUGCUUCUUAAAACAUAAUUAUUUUCCUAAGUUAUUGUAAUGUCUUUGAUUUGUAAUCAGCUAAAGCUUAAGGUAUGAUUUGUUUUCUGCUAGGUUUCUUUCUGUUUGGUGUUUAGUUCAGACCCAGAGCCAGCACAAGUUCUCACAGGGAGCUGGAUUUGUUAGCGACACGUUGUACUACGUUACUAGUCUUUUACUGUCUUUCGGAAGCUGAAUAUUUCUGUUGCUCAGUACUUGCAAAACAGUGGCUAAAAUUCACUGUGUUGGGUGAAAAGCACCACGUUAACCACUGAUUGCCAUAGCAAAUUCCGAACUGAAUUUUAGCCUUGGCUCACAUUGGUAUAAAUAGGUAUGCACAUUUUUAAAAAACUUUCUAACAGUCUUUGGGUUUAUUUUUAGUAAUGAGCCACGUUCUUUACUUGAUAGAACUCAGAUUUGUCCUUAGCCAGUUAUCAUUGUAGUACUCACAUUAUAACUCUGUGAUGUUCUCAUAAUAUCUCUCUCUGUGCAAUAUGGAAGCUAUGAGUGGAUUCAUAGCCGUUUGGUUUAAUUGUACAUUAUUGUAUGUGUACAUGUGUAUAUAUGUGUGUAUAUAUAUAUAAGGACCAAAAUCCUUAGCUUGCUUACACUGUUGCUAGUGUAAAGAUUGUUACACUUAAUUUUACAGGGCACAAGUUAUAGAUUACUUCAUAAUUCGUGGUAACAUGUUUCAAUAAAUUAUUGCAUAAAUAUAUAAUUACCAUUUAAUUAUGAAGUUCAUAGGUAUUGACAGAAGUUACAGUGAAGUGCUAAAACCACAAAUUAUAUGGUAAUUAUAUUUUGGGUUGUACAAUUAAUCAAAAUAUGCAUGUCAUUGUGACACGAUGUGUUAAAACAUGAUAGAUAAUCAUAUUUCUGAGCCCUGUAAAAUAGUAUUACUGUACUACCCUGUUUUGCCUCCUGCCUUGUUUACAUUAAACAAAGGAUAUUUGGUAAAUUUUGCUAUUGAACAUUGUGUAGGUUGCUGACAGUGUUACCAAGGUCUGGAAUUCUUGGGCCAUCUGUGAAGAAGCUCUUCAGAUGGCAAUUGUGUACCUACUCUCUCUUUGAAGGAGGUUGUGAUCCAGUUCAACUUUUUGUGCUAACGAUGCAUGCAGGACUAAGAGGGAUAAUCUAAAAAUAAAUAAUGUAAUUUAAACAAA